AUUGUGUGUGUGUGUAUCUGGUAUGUAUCGUGUACAUUUGGAUGCAAAUCACAAAUCUGAACCUCCCUGUAUAAGCAAAAGUAAAACCUCCCGCAUGUGGGUACACGAUUCUUAACGUACACCCGUUUCCAUGGUUUCCUAGAUCCCAUUCCCUCUUGACCUUCUCUUCAAAAUCUGUUUCCUUUUCUUCUUGUUGGUCUUCCCCGUGUUUGCUUCGUCGUUUCAAUUCUGUCAGCCCUUCUGUAACUCUACCGCAUUUGGGAGAUAGUGUGGCCUCUGCUUCGCUCAACCAUGGAGGUUUCUCGUUGGGUGUUGCUUAUUUCGAUAUUUCUCUGCCUUUUCGCAUCUGGGUCGUUAUCAUUUGACAAUCUUCACCGAGCGUUUCCUAUUGUGGAACCUGAUCCCGGUCAUACAAAACUGCGUCUUUCGAGGGAGGGUUUGGAGGCCAUUGAGAGAAUAACAACUCCAAUUGCAGCUGUUGCGGUUAUUGGACCAUACCGCUCUGGAAAAUCUUUUUUGCUUAAUCAACUUCUCUCCCUUUCUUGUUAUGAAGGGUUUGGUGUUGGACACAUGCGUGACACAAAAACUAAAGGAAUAUGGGUAUGGGGAACACCACUGGAAAUGGAUAUUGAUGGAGUGAAAACUUCUGUGUUUUACCUUGACACUGAAGGAUUUGAGAGUGUUGGGAAGUCAAAUGUAUAUGAUGAUCGGAUUUUUGCCCUGGCAACUGUCUUGAGUUCUGUACUUAUAUAUAACCUGCCAGAAACGAUACGCGAAGCUGACAUCUCAAGGCUGUCAUUUGCUGUUGAGCUUGCUGAAGAAUUUUAUGGAAGGGUGAAGGGGCAAGACAUUGCUUUUGAACCUGCAAAGCUUUUGUGGCUUAUCCAGCGUGAUUUUCUACAAGGGAAGUCUGUGCAAGAAAUGGUGAAUGAAGCUCUCCGUCAUGUCCCUAACCAAGAUGGGGACAAAAAUAUUGAUAUGGUUAAUCAGAUUCGUGACUCCUUGGCUAUCAUGGGUGAUAACAGCACAGCAUUUAGCUUACCACAACCGCAUCUUCAGCGAACAAAGCUCUGCGACAUGAAUGAUGGUGAGCUUGAGCCAUUAUACGUUAAGAGGAGGGAACAACUAAAAGAGCUUGUUGCUAGCAUUAUUCGUCCAAAGAUUGUGCAGGGAAAAUCUCUGAAUGGAAAGGAGUUUGUGUCUUUCCUAGAGCAGAUCCUUGAAGCGUUGAAUAAAGGGGAGAUCCCAUCAACAGGCUCUCUAGUAGAGGUUUUCAAUAAGGGUAUUCUUGAGCGAUGUUUGAAGUUAUAUAGUGAAAGGAUGGAAAAGUUGGGUCUACCUCUAUCAGAGCAAUAUCUGCAGGAUGCCCAUGAAACGUCCAGAGAUGAAGCGAUGAAACUAUUUGAGGAAGAGCAUUUUGGCCGUAAUCAUGCCAAGAAGUCAGUCUUGCAGCUAGAUGAAGAAAUAGAAAAGGUGCAUAAGACUGCCAUUCUGGCUAAUGAAUAUCAAUCCUCGAAGCUUUGUGAGGCAUUGUAUACCAGAUGUGAGGAUAAAAUGGACCAGCUUCAAGUUCUCCGACUACCUUCCAUGGCGAAAUUCAAUGCAGGUUUCCUGCAAUGCAAUCAAAGUUUUGAGCAUCAGUGUGUUGGACCUUCAAAAACAGCUUACGAGCAUCGCAUGAAUAAGAUGUUGGGGAAGUCACGGUCUCUUUUUAUUAAAGAAUAUAAUCACAGGCUCUUCAAUUGGUUGGUCGCCUUUUCUCUUGUCAUGGUAGUGGUGGGCAGGUUUAUUAUAAAGUUUAUUUUGAUUGAAGUUGGGGCAUGGAUACUCUUCAUCUUCUUAGAGACAUACACGAGGAUGUUCUGGUCUGCAGAGUCCCUUUACUACAACCCAGUUUGGCAUAUGAUAGUAGCCACUUGGGAAACAGUUGUUUACAGCCCUGUCCUGGAUUUAGACAGAUGGGCCAUUCCGCUUAUUGUAAUAGCGGGACUAUUUGUGCUCUAUUGGCGGUGUUAUGGAAAAAGGAAACAUGGGUCUCCAUGGCUAUUACCUCUGUACAAUAACCAAAAGAGCGGUCCAAAUCGGCCAAGAUCUGACUGAAAAAACGGAGUGGUGAUGGUAUUUUCAAGCGUUGUGUCGGAGCAUUGCCGAUGGGCGAGCUUUCCAUUUUUUUUCAAUACUCGAAGCCCGCCGAUCUAUUUUUUGGUUCUUGCAAAGACAUACAGCAGAAAAAAAUUGUGAAGAGGCAAAGGAUGAGAAUGACUAUUGGCCCCCUCCUAUACUACCAAAAAUGUAGAAUAACCAAAAUUGAUUGUAUUUCUAUGAUCUAUUUAUUAUUUCAAAAUUCAA